AGCAGUAGAUUUCAGAGCGAGCUGAGUUAACAAUUCUGCAAACUUGAGAGGAGAACAAAAUGAUGGGUUUGUGGAGCUUGGUAUUGGCGGUUUUGAUUGUGAGCGCUAAGCCUUUGCUAGCUUCGCUAUGCCAGGAAACCAUGACUUUGAUGCCUUGCGAUCCAUACUUGGUUGGUAACGACACAUCGCCCAACCCUCCAUGUUGUGCAGCUGCACAAGAGGUCAGCCGUGAGGCUACCACUAAGGAAGUACGCAAACGUCUAUGUGAAUGUUUUAAGCUGGCUAUACCAACUUUUGGGGUUAACACUGCUAAAGCUAAGCGACUUCCUCAGCUCUGCAACGUCGACUUUCCUGUACCCAUUGGUCCUGACGUGGACUGUAGCAAGGUUUCAUAAACAAUGGAAAGGAUUAGAUGUGCUUGUUUCGUAAGAAUAAACUCGAGGAACGGUGAUAUACAAAUUUAACAUGUAUAGAGCCGAAAAUAAAUGUUUUGAAGGCUCAUGUCAGAUGUAUGAAUAUCGAAAAACAAACAUAUAUUUAUAUGAGAUCAUUCUUCUUCCUCUUUUCA